GCGCCUCAGUCGUUCUCCGGAGCGUAACCUGUUAGCAUUGUUUCUGUUUGCUUUUCUUUUUCCCAAACAGAAUUCGUUCUCGUGUAAAAUACAUUUUUAUAUUAAUUAUAUUUAUUAACCAAUACCGUGUAUAACGCAAUAUCGCAUUAUAACAGUGUUUCAUUUAAUUCUUAUUUCAUCGUCUUUUUCUUGAAAGAAACGAGUCGGAUCAGAUCGGAAAUCGGGAUAACCGUUACCGAAAGUCCUCGAUCUGCUACGAGUGAGUCGAGUGAUCACGUCCGGGUUGACGAACCCUCUACCUCGUCGUCGUCCCACGGAUACGCACAUUGUGUUUCUAUACGAACAACGAAUGUACUCCUCGUGAAAUUCUUUAUUUUUUUUCUCUAUCUCUCUCCCUCUUUUUUUCCGCAACGUGUCACUAUUCUUUACGCGAAGAGAGUUCGUUAAGCGAAGAAGAGGUAAACAAAGCUAGAUCUUGUUCUGUUUCCUUCUCUCUCUCUCUCUCUCUCUCUCUUUUCUCUCUCUUCCUCUCUCUCUCUCUCUCUCUCUCUCUCUUUUCUCUCUUUUCCUCUCUCUCUCUUUCUUUUUCUACCUGUGUUCGUCUCUCUCUCUCUCUCUCUCUCUCUCUCUCUCUCUCUCUCUCUCUCUCUCUCUCUCUCUCCUUCCCUAUUUAUCCUGUGUGUGUUAUGUAUGUGUGCUCGCGCGCGCACUCUCGUAUCGAAAGAAGGCAGCACACCAUCUUAAAGAAACGAAGAAAAAGAUAAGCAAGGGUAGGGAGAAAAGAAGCGAAGGGAUCGAGUUACGAGGAAUCGAUGCGUCGUCGAUAUCGUGACGUCGAACACUCCGAGUCGUCGAAGUCAUGUUUUCCAAGUUUGUCCCUUUUUCUACGUCCUUUGGCAAACGAAGAAGAGAACAUUAAGGAUCAAGAUAAUUCUUAAGAUACUUAAGAUAUAUCGAUGAUAGGUGAACCUUUAAAACGGGAAGUCGCUAUAUUGGAGAGGAAGAGGGAAAGCGGCGUGCCGCUCUUCUGUGUGCCGCGGCAGAGGCGAUCGUCACAGCCGGAAAACAAUGACGAAAUGAUCGCGAGUCUGCCGAUAAAUAGCGGCGGCAGUGGAGGGCCGGUGAGCCGCGUGGGUCGUGGACUGGCCCUUCACAGAUCCAAUUCAAGUUUAGAACUACCUCACAGUCCUGAUCCCGCUUCUCGAGUGCCAGAGACACCCCUUAGAAGGGAGUAUGGAUCUCACGGAAGCAUCGACGUAGUGGCUCAAUCAGUUGCAGUCGGCGAGAACAUCUUUGCGAUGCUUCAAGAUUUUCGGCCAACGGAUCAAAGAAGUCCAGUAAGCGCCGAUUAUCUAAGACGUGUUCAGGAUACACAGUCGGCGCAGGACACUGACGAAGUCUGUGGACCAACCGGUAGCGGUUCCAGUCCGAAAUUACGAUUGAAGUUGAAUAGAUUUUGGGGUGGUAAAUCUCCUCGUGCUAUGGAAGAUACUUGUGGUAGCCCAGUCGUAUCGGCUGACGUCGAAGAACGACAUCGUAGACGAGCCUUUGCUCAUUAUGAUUGUCAAUCGCUUACGGCUAAUCUCGGUUAUGCUGCUAAACUGAGAGGUAUACUUUUAGCGAGAAGAAGAAACACGGCAACUGGUGCCUCAGCUGCGAGCACUUUACGAGCCUCAACUCCAGAUGAGACUCCUGAAGAAGAUGCUGGAGAUGGAAAAGGCAACGACCUUUUGGAAUCGUGUCCCUUCUUCCGGAAUGAGAUUGGCGGUGAAGGGGAACGCGAAGUUGGCCUUACUCGUUGUCCACACGUUAAUGGAGUUCAUAGGCCGGCAUUAUCUUAUGGUGUCUCGGUUUUGGAACCUUUACCCUGUGAAACAUUAUGGAAACACACGUGUCCGGUACAAAAACGACCACUACCGAUCGAAAGCGUCGACGAGGGUGCUCAUUAUUAUCGGAAAUAUUUCUUAGGUCGAGAACAUCAAAAUUGGUUUGGUAUGGACGAACAAUUAGGUCCAGUGGCCAUCAGUAUUCGUAAAGACGUUAAUCAAUAUCGAAUAAUCGUAAGAACAUCAGAACUGUUAACUUUACGUGGUUCAGUGCCUGAAGAAGCAUUGGGUAUAAGGCCCCAAGGUAGAGUACCAACAAGAGAACUUUUGGAGUUGGUCGCACCGGAAGUACAAUUAGGCUGUCUCAGACUUGGAACGGCUGCUGCUGAAGAAGCUGUCGCAAGGUUGGAUGAGCAGGGUCUUUCUAGUAGGUACAAGGUCGGCGUGUUAUACUGUAGAUCAGGUCAAAGGACGGAGGAAGAGAUGUAUAAUAAUCAGCAUGCUGGACCAGCGUUUCUUGAAUUUCUGGAUACAAUCGGCCAAAGAAUAAGACUGCGAGGAUUCGAGGGUUAUAAAGCUGGUUUGGAUACUCGAACAGACUCAACGGGUACUCAUGCGGUAGCUGCGACUCAUCGGGGAGCGGAAGUUACGUUUCACGUGUCAACGAUGCUACCCUUUACGCCGAAUAACCGGCAGCAGCUGUUAAGGAAGAGACACAUUGGGAACGACAUAGUAACAAUAGUCUUUCAGGAACCCGGAGCUCUACCGUUCAGUCCACGCAGAAUACGUUCGCAAUUUCAGCACGUGUUCAUCGUGAUAAAAGCCAUUAAUCCUUGCACGGACAAUACGCAAUACAGCGUAGCUGUUUCCAGAAGUAAAGAGGUGCCUAUUUUCGGACCACCUGUUCCAUCAGGAGCGACCUUUACAAAGGGAAAAGCUUUUGCAGAUUUCAUUCUAGCGAAAGUAAUUAAUGCCGAGAAUGCAGCACACAGAUCAGAAAAGUUUGCUACAAUGGCGACAAGAACACGACAGGAAUAUUUGAAAGAUUUGGCGACUAAUUAUUCUUCUGCUACGGUUGUCGAUACUGGUCAAAAGUUUUCGAUGCUGUCUUUCAGCAGUAAAAAGAAGGCAAAUGUUAGACCAAGAUUAUCUUGUGACGCGUCCCAGCGUGGUGCGAUUUGUUGGCAGGUCAUUCUUGAGGAUAGUAACCAAAACACCGAUUGCUAUCUUGGAAUAAGCAUUGAUACUAUCGUACUGAUCGAAGAACAUUCACGACAAAUCGUCUUUGUAACUCCUUGCGUCAGCGUUCUUGGCUGGCAUGCUCAAACCAAUAGUCUGAGAUUGUAUUAUCAUCAAGGCGAGUGUAUAACGAUCCAUGUGCGCGGCGAUUACGGUGAACGCGACGAACUGAUGGAAAUAGUCGCACGAUUGCGAGCAGUGACGCAAGGAGCACCAGCAUCUGAACUUUCUCUCAAAAGAAACGGCCUCGGACAAUUGGGUUUCCAUGUACAGCCGGACGGUGUAGUGACUCAGGUCGAAGCUAUGGGACUUUCGUGGCAAGCUGGUCUUCGGCAGGGCUCGAGACUCGUUGAGAUUUGUAAGGUGGCUGUGUCAACGUUGACCCACGAUCAGAUGAUUGAUCUUUUAAAAACCAGCGUUCAAGUCACUGUCACUGUAAUACCACCCACGAAUGACGGCAAUCCUAGAAGAGGAUGCUCACUACAAAAUUGUCAACAUCUAUCGAACAAUUACGAAGGUGAUUAUGAAAACGUAACCAACCCGGACAACACGCCGACUCAACAAAUUGCCAUGUCACAUCAAAGACGAUACGAUCGAUCUUUUAGCCCACCUAGAUCCAGUAAUAGUUCAGGAUACGGAACAGGUUCGAGUUCUAGAUCGUUUAAUGAUCCUAGAUUUCCAUUAGAGGGUACAAUGACCAGCAGUAGCAGUGGACACAGUAGUACCGAUGAUCGUUGGUACGAAUUGUUGGAACCACAGGAUCAGGAUAGCAAUGGACAUCGUACAGAUGGCACACCACCACCACCAUUACCAGCAAGACAAAAUUAUCAAGCUCUAACACCUAGCAAAGCAAUAACGGGACAAAAGAAAGAGAAAGAAAGUCAUUACGCGAGUAGCAAACAAUUUGCUGACAAUUCGAAACAUCACAAUCACGAUCACUACGCCAAAGAAAGUGGUUAUGUGUCAGCUAAAGUUAUUCAAGAGAAUGCAAGACACGAGAAUUAUCAGAGACACCUGGACAACACUCAUCGGAAUCAAGAUCACGUAACGUCGAAUUACGUGAAGCUACAGAAAGAGAAAUUUGAGAUCAAACAGGAGAAUCUCUAUGCGUCACAAAGAGAUCUCUUGAAGAAUGAUUAUCAGCAUCACUCUACUCAUCAGAAACUGAGUGCUUCCAAUUCCUUACCAUUGGCUCAAAACGCGAAUUAUAGUCUUCCCAAAUCUGCUAGUAACAAUAAUCUCAUACGAUUCAACGAAUUCGAUCAAACAGGUUCAAAGUACGAGUACGAAAAUAAACUGGAUAGAACAUCGAAGUACGAGAUUCAGGAAGAGAAACUUCUAGACCGAAACACUAACAAGUAUGAUCAGGAAACACGUAAUGACAUACGUAACGAUAUACGUAAUGAGAAACGUGCCACGAUAGGUUACGAGUAUUCAGAAGAUUCCUAUGAAAAAAGGAACAGCAAGUACGACAUUGAAAUCACAAAAUAUGAUUUAGAAGCCAUACAACAGAAUAAUGAUAGAAAACAUAAUAAUAACGAGAAUAAUGAUCACAAUAGAGAGCCAAUUAGAUAUGAGAUGCCUCAUGAGUUCAAGGUCGGUGAAAAAGUGACCUGUUUGAAAACGACUAUGUCUGAACGUCCAGUUCCGCAUAAGGUCAACGUCGAAUAUAGACAGACAAAAGACUUUGCAGCGAGUCUUCCACCGGAAGUUAGGAUUCCUGAAAGCAAUUGCAUUGAAGUGACAACUCUACCUAGCGAAGACGAACUGUCCAAUGGUUCAGGAAGCAUUUCACCGAGAUUAAGAAGAGCAAACAAGCAUCGAACUGGUAAUUUAACACCUUCGAGUGGCAGCUCGAGAAAUCAAAGUCCUCGUCCGAAACCAGGUGUUAGAAAUUCUCAUCGAAAUUCAGCCAAUCUCACGUCAAGUACGUUACAGGAGGAUCUGAUGAAAUUGAUUAAUCCUGAUUACAUAGCUGAUGAUAGUCAGCUAACAAAUAAUAAUAUAUCGAAUAGCAUUAUGAGCACUAAUCAGAAUUCUAAUAAGAUAAAUAACAAUAUGCUGGAGAUUCAGAACAGAUGUAGGUCCAGAGAAAAUCUUUGCGGUAACAGUACUUCGACGUUAAGCGUUUUACCUGCUAAUGGACAGGACAAUGGUAAUAAUGGUUCCGAAGUUAUUUUAACGAUGGCUAGGCCAGCCACUGUUAUUUCGAAUGCUAGCACAGCAUCUAGUCCAGCACCAAGCGAAAACAAAUUGUCCAAGGAAGAAAGAUUAUCACCGCGCGUUACAAAAUCACCACACUCGAUGUCAAAACCCACAAACAAUUUAACAUCCACCAAAGACGCGAAGACACACGUAGAUGACGACGUAGACUGCUGGCAGAAUCAUCAUGUAGAUUCAAAUAAUAAAACGUCGAACCAGCAUCCUCAAGAAUGGACCGAUGAUAGGAUCAUUGAUGGCUGUAAUACCAUUGCAAAUUCUGUCUCCGACUUGCAAUCUCAUCUCUCGACUCUCGAGCUGAGAGUAGCCAGGGAAACACGACGUCGUCUCUCAUUAGAAGAUGAAGUUCGUCGUUUGAGAGACGAGAAUCGACGGUUGCAGGACGAGAGCCAUGCUGCUGCUCAACAACUUCGUCGCUUCACUGAAUGGUUUUUUCAAACGAUAGAUCAUCAGUAAAAAAAAGAAAAUCAAAACAUUUAAUUAUAUAAGAUUUUCAGCAGAUACAAUUAACAGCCGAGGAUCCUCGGAGUCUCGUUAAAUCGAGACAAUAUCGGAUCUAAAAACAAAACGUCACGAGUUCGAUCAAAUUUUCUUUCUCUCGAUAUAUCCGUGUUGUUUUCAUAUUAUAAUCAUUAAGCUCGAUCUGGAGAGAGCAUAAUAAUCGAUCAUAAGUGCAGUAUUAAUAUCUAGGAUUGUCCUAUUUGGUCAAUCUACGUCGAUGUUCGAAACUUUUCUUUUAGUACAUACAAUAUACAGUAUAAGGAUAAAAAUAGUUCAACGUGCACGUUCGAAAAAGAAAACUAGAUCAGGGAGAAGAAGCAUCUUUGAGUAUAGUGUCAAAAGAAUUUCCCACCUGCAUGUACCAUAUUAAACUCGUUAGAUUAACUUAGUAAAUGUAAGAUACGUUACCACCAUACUGUACUUUGAGAAAAUAUUGCCAAGUAUGUUCUUAAUAUGUCUAGCUAAAAAGGAUAUUAUAUCGAGAAAAUUAAAAGGAGUAGAAGAGAAAGAAAAGACAAAAAUAAAAACGUUCGACAAAAAUUUCAAAUAAAUAAGAAGAAAAAGAAGAAUAGAGUGCAUUGAUUAAAAGUGGUAAGUACUUUUAUUUGAAGACGCACGCUAAACAAACAUCGUAAACAUGUAAGAGUUUAAAGGGCGACCAAAAGACCAAAUAUUCCUAGUGUACUAAGGAUUUACCGUAUAAUGUAACUGUAAUUUAUUACAUAUUUUAUAUACCCUUACAUUUUAACAUAAAACACGCAAAUUAAAAAGAAAGUAAUCAUCAUUAAGUGGAAUAUUAUGAGAUCAUUCCGAAGUUAUCGACAAUCUUUUCUUUUUUUUGUUUCCUGCGUGAUCAUUCUAUAGCCAUCGCGAUUAGAUGAACGUUCUUAUGAUACGAUUUCUUUGUAAUGUACGGAGACGAGGUUCGUCGAAAAAAAUAAUCUAUAAGUCAGCGAAUAAAAAUCAAUACGUAUUCGAAGA